CGCACUUAUUACGGAAGUCAUGGGAAACAAUCCCCAAUCACCUAUGCAGGAUAUAAGAUGGCCCUUCUAUGUCGCCACCUACUAGAUCGAGACGUAUCCGCCACUAAGGGCACAGCCACAACUCCAAGGAUACUUGGCAUACGGUCACGUGGAGUUCACACUAUACAACAUUUUACCUGCCGUCAACAGUCAACCUAAUGCGUCCAAUGAUUUAAAGAUGUGACAGUACACAUUGGCAACGGCGAUUGGGUACCUCGGGCGCCUGUUGCAUCCAAAAUGUCGAGGCUGAAGGAGACAGUCGCACCGAGAUCAAAAUCUGCACGGACCCGUGCUCAUUUGUACUGUUCUCCAGUCUGAGGUAAACGGGAUAUGACGUCUUCGUAUGCUGAGAUCCUAAAAGUGUCGAUCGCGAUAGUGACACAAUCCCUCCUUGAUAUUAAUCAAGUGUCCUCGAGAACUUAUCCCCAUCAUUUGUGGAACUUGGAACAGAUGCGAUUCGAAGAUGGACUCCGACACGAAGGAAACAGAUACUAAGGCUCCCACUGAGAAGGAGGUUCGGCUCCGACAAAAGUACGGGAAACUACCAACCAGGACUGACCUACUUCACCAUCAGUUAGAGAGGAAGUACUUCGAUUCAGGCGACUUCGCGCUUACAGCGGCGCAUAAAGCCUCCAACAUCGGGAACAUCCAAAGCGGAAAGAAACAUCCUCUCGUUGAGAACAUUUCCCACCCUUCGGCUCCUGUACCAAGUUCCAGCAAUGUAGACGAUAACGCAAAUAGGAACAAUGAGAGUCAAACGAAUAAGGCAAUACAGGCGAGCGGCAUAGGGCGGGAAAUGUAAUCGGGCUGUAGGACCACGGACGAAAUGCUCGAGGCCCUGGGAAAGGGGGGGAUGAUUGGUGGUAUGGGCAAGCAAGAUUGUUCUUCGAGUGGUAAGUCGUCCUAAGAGGUAUCUUUUCCAGCUGCUUAGCUUGUCUUCAACCGCGGACGCCAAUCCGCCAUCGAGCACGAGUUCAAACAAAUGGAUUAGAGUUGGCAAACCUUGAUCUUGGCAUGUUAGGUUAUUUCAUCAAGUCGUCUUCUUC